UUCAGUGUUCCAACGUGCGAAACUACCCUGCACGUUUCGGUGUCUCAGCGACGCACUUUUGUAAUGCCGCCAAAAAAUUUUUGACACAAUAAUUGGCAAAGGAUGUGGUUUAAAAUAGUGUUUGUUUCAUGUUGAAAUUCCAUGUAUCAAUUGUUUUUUUCGAUGGUGAAGUUAGGUCAAAUUUGCCUUUUUUGAAAAGAGCCGAAAUCGUGUUUCUUCUUGCGGCCAACACAGCCACAUUUAAGCAGCUUAUCUAAAGACAAUUGCUGAAUUAUAAAGUACAAGUCUGUGUUUGCUUUGUGACUUGAUUUCAUUUAGAGAUAUCAUCCCGUUUUUAUGUACGAGAGCGAAGAAAAUACUUAAUUUUCGCUAAUUUCAUACUCGAAAGAACGCCGAUUUAGCGUUUUUCAAACUUUUCCCGAUUCAGGAAAAAAUAAAAAACCGUUACAAGUUUUAAUGUGAGUUUUGAAAUAAGUGUACUAUAGAGAUUAUGUGGGCAAAAUAUGACGAAAUUCAAAAAUUCACGACUGUCAACCGAUUCUCGAAAAUUACAGACAUUGGCUCUUCAGUGUAAGAUUACAGUCCUGGUGGGCGCUUCCGCGAUAUUUUCCAGUAAGUGGCAAUGAUCUCUGACCUGAAUGUCUGUUUCCUUGUAUACAUGCCCUCAAAUAUGGCAUUCUUCUGCAGUCUUAAACUCUUGUUCCUCCUAAUUAGUCAUCUUCAAGGGCUUCUUAAAUUCGGUGCUUCCUGCAGUAUUUUACCUCCCUUAGCAUCUCCUGCAUAAACUUUUUAAUGGCAUCUUUUCCUCGGUAAAUCUGCACAGGCUUACUAUUUUUGUCAUUAUAGCAGCGCACUACUUUGUAACCAUAACUACAGCCUGUAUGCUUUUGAUAUUUGUUGGUCUAAGAUUUAGUACAAUUAGGUCGGCACCCAGAUACCUUCUCAGUAAUAGCCUAAAAAUCUACAUAGAUAACAAAAGGCACCGGCAUCUGCCUAUGAUGAUUCUUAAAUUGGAAUAUAUUCUUUCCCUUUUCUGGCAUCAUAAUAGCCUGCUCACCAUUAAUGAAUAUGCAGUUCUCCCUAUGUUUAGUUAGUAUCUCCGUUGUACUAAAACAUUGGAGGCAAUGCAUGCAUAAAUACUUUCUCUUCUUAUGCUUAGUCUUAGGAAACAUCAUUCUAUUAAAAUCCGCAAUAAAGACAUAAUGUUGUUUCUCUUCCUCCGUAAUCAACAAUAAGUUCAAUUCAUUGGUAUUAUGUUGCUUAGAGACAAAGGUAGGAUAAAAUUAUUUAUCUUCAUAUCCGACAACAUUAACAUUUAUGUUAUUUUGAGCCUCUAUUUUGGUAUAAUCUUUUACACUAACUGGGAACUCAAUACCCUGGUAAUUCAACUUUUGUACCAUCUCUCUAUCUGUUUUUUUAAUCCGCUGAGGAUUUUUUUCUUGUGGAUUCAAAAGGCGAACAUGACACCGGCGAAAACUUUCGUCAUCAUUAUUCUUUAUAUUAAUCAAACCCUUUUUGCCAUUCCUAAGCUCUUUUGUGAAAGGAAUAUAUCAAUUUCCCCUCAAUGGCUCAUAUGCAACGACAUUAAGAUAGUGCUCAUCAAUGCUACUAAUAGUCCAACCACUUCCCUCACUUAUCCAAACACCAAUGCUAUUCAGUAUUUACUGCUGUGAUAAUCCUAAGGUUAGUAAAUAAUCAUUGGAAUUAACUACUAUUUGCGCCCGACUAUUAAUAUAUAUUGGUUCUGAAUAUAGAAUCUUAACAUCUCUCCUCUUAUUAAAGGUAACCACAAAAGUUUCCACAAAUUUGAACCCUUUUGUCUCAUUAAGAAUAGUAUUAAACAAUAUCGACUAAUUGCUAGUCUAGUAUUUUGCAACUGUACCAAAGCAUUAACAUUAGACUUUAACCCAAUCUCAUAUGAUUUGGUAUAACCAUUUAGAGCCCUCCUUUUUUCAUUAAUUUUAGUCCUUGGGGCAGCCACUGGUUGUUGUUUUUUUCUUCUGGGUGCUGGAAUAGGGCGUCUUGGCAAAAUGCCAAGGUCAAAUCCAAAAAUAGUGAAAUCGGCGAAAUCCUAGUAGUUAGGUAAAUGGGGAUGGAAUGAAGUUUUGGCACGUGAACGAAGGGGGGGCAGAAUCCCCAUGUCCCUAACUACUGAAGAGCGAAAGGUUACAGGACUACCUGGCCAGACAAGACAUAAACUGGCGAUUCAACUUAUCCAGUUCUCCUUGGUGGGGAUGCAUGUGCGAACGUUCAAUCAAGGACGUGAAGAAGACCCUUCUCGAGGCACUGGGCUGGAAAAACCUUAGUUUUCAGCAACUUGAGGCUGUGGUUAUCGACAUCGAGAAGAAUUUGAUCAACGGGCCCUUGACUUACCGUAACAGCGAUGGAGGGGAGGAACAAGUUUUUAAGUUCAAAGAUUUUGAUGUGGGGGCAAAAUGCCCACCCCAUUGUGGGAGAAGAAGAUAAAGAAGAAACAAGUGCACAAAACAAGCAGCUGAGGGAGGUUGAAAAUCAUGCUUGGAAGAGAUGGAGACAUGAAUAUAUCCACAGCCUGAUGGAGACUCAUCGACUCACCCGCAAGACCGCAAAGGUACCAGAUAUCGGAGAAAUUAUAUUGGUAGUCGUAGACGAGAAAAAUCGAGAAGAGUGGAAAAAGGGAAAAAUUGUACGAUUUUUAUAUAUUCGAGGAAAAGGUGGAGUUGUCCGAGAAGUAUUAUUGCUUCAGAAGGGCCACUACAUUGACAGAUCGCUUAACCUCGUGUGCCCACUGGAAAUAAAAGAGGCAGUUGCGCGCAACAAUGAAGUGCCGACAGCACAAAUCCAACUGGCUGAACGAACCAGAAUCAGAAGACAAGCAGCUGGAACAAACAAAGAGAAGAUUCGUCAAAUCAUUGCGGAGGAGGAUGAUUAAACUUUGCUUAGUUGGUUGAGCGCCACUCAAUUUUUAGGGAAGCGUGACCGGAAUGUGACCAGAAAAUGUCGUGACACUCAUGGAAACCGGAUGUGACUCUUUUAGCAUCUCGUUAAUUAGUGUUAUAUUUUUCUUGGUUGACAUUUGAAUUCGGAGUAGUUGAAAAUGUUCGAUCGGAUGGUGAUUUCAAUAAAAGUAGGAUUUUGAUUUAAGUGAGUUAUUUUGUGCCCCACAAGUUUGGUACAGAUAUUUACACGUCGGUUAUUACUGUAUAUUGUGACAUUUCAGUGUGAGUAAAUAUCCUCUGCCUCGCAAAUUCGCAUGCAUAACUUGCAAGAUUAGAUUGCGUGUGAGGAACUGAAAGGAAUACAAGAACUGUCCAGAGUUGCCGAAUAAAUCCAAGUGUGAUAAUGUCGUAUUUCCUUCCCAGUUUGACAUGUCUUUAUGUUAAAUCAUCCUUGUUUCGUAAUGGUCCUGCAGGUGUACAAAUGUCAGUUUACCUCCCGGUUAGUCACCAAAAGAUUCCAGUACUUCAGAAAAAACGCAAAAUACAAUGUUUUCAAAAUGAACAAGUGGAAAUGUAAAUUAUUUAGUGGCGAUAAAACUAUUGCGAUGUACCUAGCAGGUGCCAGGCUUUCUAGUGCCAGAGGGUUUCAGCUCCCCAGCGUUUUUAAAGACAAGAGACCAAGUUUACCUGCAUAAUGUGUAAAUCUUGAUUCUACAGCAAUGAAAAAUCGAGGCUUGAAAAAAAUUAAAUAAAAAACAGGAGGGUUAUGUAUCGUCGUAUCUCUCCACCGUCUCAUGUACACGACGUUGUUUAUUAUAGGUAUUAAAUCAGUAACAUUCAUCGCCCAUCCCCCUUCUACUAUAGUAACCUCGUUCCCGCAAAGAAAAAGGAACGACUUUGCCCCACCGUAAACUGCCGCUUAUAAGCCUCCUCGGGUAUAAGCUCCAGUUAUAAUCCCCCCUUUAAAUUCGACUUAUUAUCACCUUUUGAAGCUCAAUUAAAAACCAGUAAAUGCAAAACGAAUUUUGAUCGGCACUGCUAUCAGCUGUGCUCUAGCUUGUUUCGAAGCGCCUUUUCUACGUGUAUUCCGAUUGUAAGCCCCUUAUGCCAUUAGUUUCAGUAUUUGUAGUAUGAAUAGAAAUUCCAUGAGUAAUUUUAAAAAUUAUGUUGUUUUAUACGUUUAUCUUAGAGUGCCAUGGAUUUAUAUAGUUUCAACGAGUUGUACAUUGGCUCAACCCCCUCUUCUAAAAUGAAAGUUCAAGUAUCAUCAGAGCAAGAACAUUUUACCGAGAGCGAUGAUGAGGAUGGUGAUGAUGACUAUGCUGUUGGUGGUGCUAAUGGUAAUCAUUAUUACCACGAUGGUAGUGAUGACAGUGAUGCUGCUUCCUCUGAGGAUCGUAGUGGUAACGACCAUGAUCGCCGUGGUGGAUGUGAAAGUCUUGAGGCAAAUGCCAUAAAUAAGCCACAAUUACUAACUGAUAUACGUUUAGCUGUUAGCCAC